AGAGCCCGGCCGGCGCGGCGAUGCUGACCCCCUCGUUCGACCUCAGCCAGGACCCCGACUUCCUGACGAUCGCUAUCCGCGUGCCCCACGCUCGGGUCUCCGAGUUCGACGUCUACUUCCAGGGGGUGGACUUCAAGUUCUACGCUAAGCCGUAUUUCCUGAGGUUAACCCUUCCUGGAAGAAUUGUAGAGAAUGGAAGUGAGCAAGGGUCCUAUGAUGCAGAUAAAGGAAUUUUUACCAUUCAAUUGCCCAAAGAAACUCCUGGCCAGCAUUUUGAGGGGCUGAACAUGUUAACUGCGCUUCUGGCACCAAGAAAAUCCAGGACUGCAAAACCACUUGUGGAGGAAAUAGGUGCUUCUGAGGAAGGAGUAGAAGAUGAUGAUGAAGAGUUUGAUUGGGAAAUUGAGCAGUCCCCUUAUGAAGAGGUAUCAGAAAGUGCUCUGAACCUGCAAGGCCACUACGGAUUUGGAGGCCUACGAUCAGGAGUAUUUCAGCGAUUACAGGAUGAAUUCAGUGAUGUCAUCGAUAUUAAGGACCCAGAUUUUACUCCUGCAGCUGAACGGAGGCAGAAACGCCUGGCAGCUGAGCUGGCCAAAUUUGAUCCUGAUCAUUAUCUAGCUGACUUUUUUGAAGAUGAGGCAGUUGAGCAGGUUUUGAAAUAUAAUCCUUGGUGGACUAAUACAUAUUCAAAAAUGAUGGCCUUUUUGGAAAAGAGUCAAGAGCAAGAAAAUCAUGCUGUAUUAGUGUCUUUUUCUGAAGAAGAGAAAUAUCAACUGCGAAAAUUUGUCCAUAAAUCUUACCUGCUGGACAAGAGAGCCCACCGUCAAGUGUACUACAGUCUGGCAGAUAUCCUUCUGGCAUACUGCUAUGAAACUCGUGUCAACGAAGGAGAGAAGACUGUUGAAUCUGCAUGGAAUAUCAGAAAACUGAGUGCAACGCUGUGUUGGUUUGAGACUUGGACUAAUGUUCAUGAAGUCCUGGUGUCUUUUGGAAGAAGAGUUCUGUGCUACCCACUUUACCGCCAUUUCAAGCUGGUGAUGGAAGCCUACAGAGACACUGUGAAGAUAUUGCAACUAGGUAAAAGUGCAGUUUUAAAGUGUCUACUGGAUAUUCACAGAAUUUUUCAGGAAACUGACCCAGCUUACAUUCUGAACGAUCUUUACAUCUCAGACUACUGCGUGUGGAUUCAGAAAGCCAAGUCCAAAAAGUUGGCAGCUCUUGCAGAAGCCUUGAAAGAAGUGUCCCUGACGAAGGCCCAGCUGGGCUUAGAGGUGGAAGAGCUGGAGGCGGCCGCCCUUCUCGUCCAAGAGGAGGAAGCCGCAGCGAAGGCGUCCCUCUCUGCAUCCGGACAGCGGACUCCCUCCUCCAGCUCCGAGGCAGGUGACUCGGAGGGAUCGGACAGCAGCACGCCCCCUGAGACUGCAGACUCGGCCUCGGAGCCAGAGGGGCUCACAGGGGGCGAAUCUGAGGGAGUCGGCUCCUUCCAAGAUCCCUUCCUUGUGGAAAGCAGUGCCCUGCUGGUUGAUGGUGGUGGGGCAUGUGGAGCCUCGGCCGUUCUGAGGCCUGCUGUCCGUCAGGGAAAGCCCCUGGCCUCUUCCCAGGGCGGUGGAGCAGCUGGGCCUCUGAUCGAGGAGCUGGGGGAACACCUGCAGGCUGUGGUUCAGAUCCGCGAGCCUGAGGGCCGGCAGGCUGCAGAGGGCCGCUGAGUGCUUCCACCCCUG